AGUAAGUGUAUACAGUACUCCUUCGGGAGUACGCUCCAUGCGCGAGAAAAGAUGAGAGGCUGAGGGAGCCGCAGCGAGAAACUUCUGGUCAGAAUUGGGGUAAGCCAUGAACAGAAGAGUGAGGAACUGCUGGUGGGCAAGGCGCUAUAAUUGUUGGUCUGGAAACCCUAGAGAGAGAGAGAGAAGCUUAGAGAGAGACAGAGAUGACUGCGCUUCCUCCGAGCUCUGCCGGGUGCUCCUUUGGAAGGCCAAUUUCGAACAACAACUGCCCAAAAUCUUGCAGAGCUCUCUCAUCCAUUUCUACAUUGAACCCACGUUCACCAUUUCUCAAAAGAGUUUUCAAUGACUCAAAAGGGACUGAAGUAUCCUUAGAUUCUCUAAAUGAAAGAUCUGAAGCUGACAGACUUGUUGAUAGCAUGGAUUUUGGUGAAUUAUGUAAUGAGUUUGAGUGCAUCAGUAGCCCUGCUGUAGAAUCUACAGCAAGGCAGCUUGCACGAGAUAUUCUGGAGUUACGAGAAGGCAAUCGUUCUCUUGGAACUUUUUCAAUAUCGGUCAAGUACAAGGAUCCAGUUAGAUCUUUUACUGGUCAGGAGAAGUAUAAGAGACCUUUGUGGGCAACUGGAGCUUUGGAUAAACCUUCUGUGACAGUGCAGGAGAUGGUGAUGCUCUCAACCAGUGUGCUGAACAUCAAAUGGACAAUCAGAGGAAAGCCUAAGUUCUUUGUUUCGAGUUUUGGGGGUGAUUUGAUUCUUUCUGUUAGUUCUGUGUUUACCUUAAAUCAGAUAAGUGGUCAAGUACUUCAACAUGAGGAGGUUUGGGAUCUCUCUGCAUCAUCUGCAAUAGCUCACAUGUACUUCUGGAUUUCCCGACGUCUACAUGCCACAAUUGAAUCUGGGAAAGAUGUUGUGGAAACUGUUUCAGAUAUCACAAGCCGGUUUACUAAAGAAAAAGAGAACUUGGAUGUAUAUCCAGAUCCUUCCGGUGAUCCAACAAAGUACUUCCAAACGGAUGAUAAUUUCCAAAGAGAUGCCUACCAGAUUGCACUUUUCUUGGCUGUGAUCUACUUUAUUGUACAGUUUCUGAGGCUAACUCUGUGAAUGAAAGGAACUUCGCAUUCUUUCUUGUAAUUAUGUUGUAUACAAUGAUGUAAUGGUAUGCACUUUAUCUUCUCGUCUGAAUGGGAUUCUUUGCCUUUUGCCUUGUGAA